GGUGGUAGGGUAGGCUGGGGCCAGAUCCGAGCAGGUCAGGCUGGGAGGUCCCUUGGAACGCCCAGCUGCUCGGGUCUGGGGCACUAACCGGCAGCCGGUGUGUGAGGGGUAGGUCCCCAGGGAGACAGGAGCAGCUGGGGUCCCAGAGAGGGGGGUGACCCAGGGUGACCGGUUACGACCUGGUCGGAAGGCGGGGUGACUUGGGAAUGCCCAGGACAGCUUGAAUGCGAGGGAGAAGGGGAGCUCGGGAAGCCUGGGAGCGGCCCGAACGGAGAAAGCUGGUUGGGGGGUUGCGGUGCCGGGAGACUGGGAGUGGCCCGGGUCCAAGGGAGAGGGGAGACGGAGGGCGGCCAGUGUGUGGGGGACAGGGAGCGGUCGGGGUCCGAGCGAGGGCGUCGAGGAAAGGCAGGGAGAGGGCUGAGGACUCUCCUGAGAAAGGCGGCUGUCUCGAGGGAGGAGGGCUCUUGGGGAGUUAAGAGGCUGCGGGUCUUCGGAGGGUCCGACUGGUGGAGACCUUGAACAGCUUGGGGUGGAAUUGGAGCGCCCUUCCCCCCACCGCUGGUCUGGGAUCGGAGACCCAGGACUGGACUGGGAACUCGUGCGUCUGAGGAUCCUCGGGAGACCAGGGAAAAAAAUCCUCGAGGGGGUAGUCUGUGUUUGAGUCUGGGGUGAGGAGUCUAGCUGCAGAGUCGAAGUUCUCUCUGUUGGAGAGAAGUGGAGCAAAAUGACACGGGGGUGGGCGGGGAGUAGUUGUUUCCUUGUAGGAAGGGAGUAGGAGAUAGGGCGGAGUAGGAGGGAGCGAGAAAGUUGCUCAGGAAGAGAGUAGUGGUCUUUUGGAAGCUGGCCAGACAGAUGUGAGAAAUUAACAUGGGGCCAUUAACAGGUUAUAAGGACUUCAGAAAUAGAAGACGCUUAAUAUUGAGAUGCCGUGUAGGACCAGAGAAAAGAUCCUAAAAGCAAGGUUGUGACUUGAAUUACAGUGCUUUAGAAAAGAAAUUUGUUUUAGGACGACAGCAAUAAUGUUAAAAAAAAAAAAAAAGAACAUUGACAGGAUGGGGAAUUUCAGUGGGGAAAGGGUAGGAGUAGCUUAACUAAAGAAGUAGGACCGGGAACUUGAUCAGAAAGAGGAGAGACAUGAAGAGGAUAAGCUUACCCUCGCCAAAUUAGAAAUUUGGGGCUUAAGCAACUUCUUCCAGGGAAGAGGCCCAGUGCAGCUGCUGUUGAACCCAAGAUCUUGAUUCACAUCCAUAGAUUGGAAUAUUGCUGGACCAGCCAUCCUCAGACUCCUCACUUAGGACAGAUGAGGAAACUGAGGCUUGGUGAAGUUACGAAACUUGUCCAAAGUCACACAGCUUGUAAAGUGCACAGCCAAGAUUCAGAGCCAGGUUAUAAAAAUUAAAAUGAAUAAACUACGGCAAAGUUUUAGGAGAAAGAAAGAUGUUUAUGUUCCAGAGGCCAGUCGUCCACAUCAGUGGCAGACAGAUGAAGAAGGAGUUCGUACUGGGAAAUGUAGCUUUCCAGUUAAGUACCUUGGCCAUGUGGAAGUUGAUGAAUCGAGAGGAAUGCACAUCUGUGAAGAUGCUGUAAAAAGAUUGAAAGCUGAAAGGAAGUUCUUCAAAGGCUUCUUUGGAAAAACUGGGAAAAAAGCAGUUAAGGCAGUCCUGUGGGUAUCAGCAGAUGGACUCAGAGUUGUGGAUGAAAAAACUAAGGACCUCAUAGUUGACCAGACAAUAGAAAAAGUUUCUUUCUGUGCCCCAGAUAGGAACUUCGAUAGAGCCUUCUCUUAUAUAUGUCGUGAUGGCACAACUCGGCGCUGGAUUUGUCAUUGCUUCAUGGCUGUCAAGGACACGGGUGAAAGGCUGAGCCAUGCAGUGGGCUGUGCUUUUGCAGCCUGUUUAGAACGGAAGCAAAAGCGGGAGAAGGAAUGUGGAGUGACAGCUACUUUUGAUGCCAGUCGGACCACUUUCACAAGAGAAGGAUCAUUCCGUGUCACAACAGCCACCGAGCAAGCAGAAAGAGAGGAGAUUAUGAAACAAAUCCAGGAUGCCAAGAAAGCUGAAACAGAUAAGACACUUGUUGGUUCAUCGGUGGCCCCUGGCAACACUGUCCCAUCCCCAUCCUCUCCCUCCUCUCCCACUUCGGAUGCCUCUGCCUCUCUGGAGAUGAACAAUCCUCAUGCCAUCCCACGCCGGCACGCACCAAUUGAACAACUUGCUCGCCAAGGAUCUUUCAGAGGAUUUCCUGCUCUUAGCCAGAAGAUGUCACCCUUUAAACGCCAACUAUCCCUGCGCAUCAACGAGUUGCCUUCCACUAUGCAGAGGAAGACUGAUUUCCCCAUAAAAAAUGCAGUGCCGGAGGUGGAAGGGGAGGCGGAGAGCAUCAGCUCCCUGUGCUCACAGAUCACCAGUGCCUUCAGCACACCCUCUGAGGACCCCUUUUCAUCCGCCCCAAUGACCAAACCAGUGACAGUGGUGGCACCACAGUCUCCUGCCUUUCAAGCUAAUGGCACUGACUCAGCCUUCCAUGUGCUUGCUGCUAAGCCAGCCCAUACUGCUCUAGCACCCGUAGCAAUGCCUGUGCGUGAAACCAACCCUUGGGCCUAUACCCCUGAUGGUGCUAACAAGGGAAUUGCAGCCACACGUUCGGGGACCGAGUGGGGUCAAUCUUCUGGUGCUGUCUCUCCAGGUCUCUUCCAGGCUGGUCACAGACGCACUCCCUCUGAGGCCGACCGCUGGUUGGAAGAGGUGUCCAAGAGUGUCCGGGCUCAGCAGCCCCAGGCCUCACCUGCUCCGCUGCAGCCAGUUCUUCAGCCUCCUCCACCCACUGCCAUCUCCCAGCCGGCGCCACCUUUCCAAGGAAAUGCAUUCCUCCCCUCUCAGCCCGUGCCAGUGGGUGUGGUCCCACCCCUGCAGCCAGCCUUUGUCCCUGCCCAGUCCUAUCCUGUGGCUAACGGGAUGCCCUAUCCAGCCCCUAAUGUGCCUGUGGUGGGCAUCACUCCCUCCCAGAUGGUCGCCAACGUGUUUGGCACUGCAGGCCACCCACAGGCUGUCCAGCCUCAUCCAUCUCCCGGCCUGGUCAAGCAGCAGACAUUCCCUCAGUAUGAGACAAGCAGUGCUACUGCCAGUCCCUUCUUUAAGCCUCCUGCUCAGCACCUCAACGGUUCUGCGGCUUUCAAUGGCAUAGAUGAUGGCAGGUUGGCCUCGGGAGACAGGCACACCGAGGCUCCUGCAUGCAGCUGCCCGGUGGAUCCUUUCGAAGCCCAGUGGGCUGCGUUAGAGAGCAAGUCCAAGCAGCGUACCAACCCCUCCCCCACCAACCCCUUCUCCAGCGACUUGCAGAAGACUUUUGAAAUUGAACUUUAAGCAGUCCUUAUGGCUUAUGUAUUUUGUCUGGACUUAGGCCAGGGCGGGGGGUGGAGGUCAAAGGAGCAAAGGGUUGUGUUCCCAACCAGUACGCUUUUCACUAAUCCCAAAGGUCCCAAGGAGCAUGUCCAGGCAUAGAGCGCUGAGAAAGGGUGAUUGAAAAAGUGGAGAAAACCAUUCCUAGAGAAGCGCUGUCCUGCAGUCAGACAAAAGAAGUCAAGGAAAUGUUAUCCCCUGUCCCCCUCCUCCUCCCUCAGCCCCUUACAAACUUCUGGCAACAGAAAGGCAGAAUAUCUGAACAGGAGUCUGUAUUCAAAGCACAUUUACUAGAGUAUAAAACACAGCAGGAAGCAAAAUGAUCUCCCAUUGUUUUUCAGGCCAUUCACCUGCCUCCUCUCUCAGUGCUGGCCCAUCUUACAGCUCAAGGACAGGGUGGCCUGUGCUUGGGCUGGGGAUGAGGAGCAGGCCAUGCUGCCAGAAUUCCCAGGAGGACACCCCAGUAGCUGCCCAGCAGAGCUAUAUUUUAGGGGUAAAGCUGAGCUUCCAUUUUAAGUAAGAAUAAAUAUUAUAAAUAUAUAUCAAAAAAAGCCAAAAUCUUUAUUUUUAUGCAUUUAGAAUAUUUUAAAUAGUUCUCAACAUUAAAAAGUUGUAUGAGUUGUAAGUAAUCUUGCCAAAGGUAAAAAGGCUAGCUGUAAGAAAUUGUACAUAAGAUUGAUUUAUCAUUGAUGCCUAUUGAAGUAAAAAGAGGAGGGGCUGGAAGUUGCAGGCGGGAUCCCUAGCUUACUUGGUAUCAUUCACUGUAAGUAGCACAUUGCAACAACAAUCAUGCUUAUGACCAACAGUCACUAGGUUGUAGUUUUAAAUAAAGAGCGAGCAGUAUUGUCCUGGUUUUAAACCUCUAAUGAAAUUCUAAUGUCAUUAUGUUAAUGGACUCAAUCUAAAUAUGCUCUGUAGAGAAUAUUUUCUUCUUUUAUAUAUUGCUACAGUUUCCUUAUGUUAUUCCUUUAACACUAAGGUGACAGUGACAUAAUCACAUCUGUAGACGGGAACGCAGGUUAUUACUGUGUUGGUUUGUCAUGUAGGUCUUGGGUUUUGUUUUGUCCUUAAGUUUUGUUCCCACGAGUUUCGUGGGGAUGGAGAGUCUGGUUUUAUUAGCGCUGUGUGUUCCUGUUCAUCCCUCUCCCCGUGGUGAGCAGAACAUCCCAUUGCCAGCUGCAGCCACUUGACCUCUCGUAACAUGAGAUCGCAUCUCAUUUUUACUUUUGAACGUUGGCCUUACAAUCAAAUGUAAGUUAUAUAUAUUUGUACUGAUGAGAAUUUAUAAUCUGCUUUAACAAAAAUAAAUGUUCGUGGUAGAA